CAUACAAACAACGUAACUGUAAAGAUGGCGACGGUGAUCUCAUAUCUGGAUGUCGUACGCUGACGUUACCGAGGGGAGACGAUGUCCUUAAAACUAUCCAUCGGAUGAAGAGUUGACCAUAUUGAUUUCACGUAACCUAAGCUGAAUAACCGGUCGUUAUGGAGGAACCGUGGGAUUUUGAGUUUUUCUCCCGCAUCGCGGACAGCUGCCUGUCGUUCCUGUCCGAAUUUGUUGACGACUGGCUCGCCAACGACAUGAGAGUUUCCAUAUUCAAAAUCUUACUCGGCUGGUUGAUUUUAAGUCUUGUCGCGAUUCACUUCGCAUGGAAAAUCUACGGGAACACAGUCAACGAUAUGUAUUAUCGACAAGGGACUGGACAGAACGGAGGCACACCUGACACGUCACCCCACCUGAGCGGAUGGGAAAACAAAGCAGGAGAUGCCCCAAAGACUCAUCGAGAUUAAUAGGACAAUGGCGUUGGACUUUGGACUUUAUCCAAAUGAGAGCUGGACUCCAGUGAGAGACAGUAAACGCACCUUUUUAAAGUUGGCUGAUAAUGAAGCAUCUUCAGUGCGUUCAUGGAUGCACUUUCUGGAAACUGCAUAGAAACUCAUCUGUUAUGCAAACUACCAGUGUCACACUGAUCCACUUUAUCACCUACAUAGUGCUGUGAGGUAUUUAUUUUGGCUUGUCGGCAUUAGUCAUUGAGAAGAACAUUACUCUGGAUACUUAAAUUGUUCUGCGUGUAUCUUUAUACAAAGUUCUACAAAUGUGACAAAUGAUAGGUUUGUUUGUAAAAUCAAGAGUGCUUUCAGGACACUGUGACGAUAGCGGAGUAAGCCAACAUAAAACGCUCCACUCUGACCAUGAGCAAAAUAAUUGAUUUGAAUGAUGUAUGAAAGGAACAAACAAAGCAUAUUUGUUCAAGUCUGUUGGAAUACAGAUCCACAAAAAGCAAGUUUACAUCUACCAGGAUUUUUGCAGGAGUUGUUAACCAGUGUUUCUCAUAACAUUUGGCUUUUUUUGUUCAAGAAUUAACAACAAAGUAAAAGUUAGGACAAUUAUACAAAAUAAUUACAAGGCACUGAAUAUUAAUGAGGGAGGCACUGUGAUGGAGUUAUGUACAGGGGUAAAAAAAACAAAGUUACUAAUUGCUUAAGAAUAACAAUGUAUAUGUACUGUGGUGUUCAAUUCAGUAUCCACUCCUCAGUUCAAUUCAUAAUUUGAAGCAAAAGGACAUGAAGAUGGCUGUCCACUCUGUCCCCAUCUCAGUCAAAGGUGCUUGAGCUGUUUUUCGAAGAAUGGGAGGAAAAUGCAAUAUUCAGAUUUGCAAAGCUGAAACCCGCCUAUCCAUAUUGGGUAGAUUCAAAGCUGUAAUUGCUGCCUAAAGUGCCUCUUUCAUUGAGGGUUAAUCCUUUUUACAUAUUUGUGCUCUUCAACUUGUUUAAUUUUGAGAUUAGUUUUUCUGUUAAUGUGUCAAAAGCGUAGUUAAGUUAAAUAACAUAAAAUAUGAAUAAGUGAAAGGGUUGCUGAAUGAGUCAUAUUCCAAUCAGCUAUUGUAUCUGACAAGUGACAAUAAUUAUAAUGGAAAAGACAGGUUAGUAUGAAAAUGUAUUACAGUGCAUUUACUGAAAUGUUAUGAGAGUCCUGAACUGAACAACAAACUCAGAGGCCAGCAGCAAAGAUAAUGCGCUAGGUUUUGUGUAAAUAGCUUGAUUGAUAUUAAAUGUGCUGUGUUUAUAAAUACUGAUGUUUUAAAUGCC